UUCUGCUUUUUCUCCAACCCUUAUCUUUGUUUCAUUCUUGAAAUAUUUUUCAUAAUUAAGAACGGUGAAGUUAAACUUUUUUGGUGGUUAAUAACAUAUUUUAGGAACCGUUGCUUUAAUUUCCCUUUUUUCUUUUGUGGAGGAUGGCUGGAUAGCAUUAUUCUUGAUUUAAUUCCAGAACAAAGGGUUGGAAAAAAUUUUAAGAACUGAUUCCACUUCAGAUUUGUGAACAUGUAUAGUCGUGCUUAAAAGCUAUAUUUAUGAAAGAGAGAUGCUUUCCAAACACUAAAAGAAAAAUAAUAAUAAUAAAAAAAUAAAAAUAUGGGGGUAGCUUUAAAGAAUAGUACCUAACUGCCUGAGAAUGGUAAUAUAUUCAACCAUUUGCUGAAGUAAACUAUGAUUAAAAUAACUGGUACUAAGGCUGAGAAAUUGCUGUGAAGAUACUGCUGGCCAUACAAAGCAGGAAGGCUGUAUUUUUUUAAUGAGAAUGUCAACCUGUUUCCUGCAUAUGUCUGCCAGGGUUGCCAGACUAUGAGAGGGUGGGCAUUUUUUUUGUCCUUAAAAAGUGGGUGUGGCCCCCCUUGUUUGAGAGAUGGUCCGGCUAGGGUGUAUGCAAAUGACCCUGGCAGACUAUCAUUUUCCUAUUAACAAUUGUAAUAGUUAUGGUAAUAUUUACGAGGGAUUUGCUGCAAUAAAUGACACACUAGGUUGGUUAGUAUAUAAAGAGUUCAUUGUUGUAUUCGGAACUCUUUCCAUGUUGUGGGUGACUAGUUAAUAUUGGGGCCAGCUUCUGAAUUACCUGAGAAUGGUACUCCAUUGGAGAUACCAGUCUUGGACCGAAGAUGAAGAAACCGUUAUCGAGCAAGAGGUUUAGUGAGUGUCUAUGCUAGUUGAUCCUCUGCAGAGACUUUCAGAUUCCUUUACUAACUUGAUUACAGGUGAAGUGAAAACUUGAUUAUCUGGAAGAUGGGUGUGCCUAUGUUGUGUCAGUAAAUAUUUUAUUGAUGAGACCGGCGAUUUUAAGUUCACUAAGUGGAGAUAAUCCAAAGGACUUCAGUAAUGACAGAGGUUCAUACAUGCAAUAAGCUAGCUAGUAGACAUGUGAGAGUUGGGCUUGCUGAUCCCAUUGAUGUGCCUCGUUGCGAUAUAUGUGAAAACUCACCUGUGGAUGGAAGCUCCCUUUGUUUGCAAUGCGAUAUGGUUGUACAUGUUGGAGGCAAAAGAACUCAUGGAAGAUAUCUCCUGUUAAGGCAGAGAGUUCAGUUUCAAGGAAGUACAUCUGGGUGUGAAGAGGAGCUUGGUACCCAACUAAUAGAUUCAGCUGAAAACAAGAGGGAAUAUACUAACUCUACCAAGCAAAUUGUUCAAGAUGAGAAGCAGAAUCUCGAGGCCUCUGCCGUUCCAAAUUUAUACUCCAUUGCUGAUGGACCUGCUAAGAUGGACACUGGAAUGAUUGAUUUGAAUAUGAAGCCACAUCGACUCCAUGACCAAGCUUCAAAUAAUCAGUUUGAAGUUAGUUCAUUAUGUAGUCUCUUCACAUAUCCGCCUAGGACACAAGUAACUGUUGCAUUGAGAAUUUGAGAGUGCCAAGACCAUUUGAACAUUCCAUUUGUGAACAGAAAAUGAAGAGAUUUAGAGGUGAAGAACGUCUUUUCUUUUUGUUUAUGCAAUUUCACUCGAAGUCAUAAGGUUAAAGCAUUUUAUCUUAGAAUGUUAUCUCAAAGGAAUCAAUGGAUUGUUCUUGCUUGAACUAUAAAUAAUUUUCAGAAUAACGCUUUUACUUUUUUUUAGGAUCUAAUGCGAUAGGGUGAAUUGACACAGUUACAUAAUUGUCUUUAAUAUUUUGUCAUUUCUUUAUUUUUCGAUAUCUUACAAGGAUCAAACUAAAGAUCUCCUUUUUUCUUCAA